AGUGACCGAUUCCUUUUCCGAUACCAAGUUCCACAAAUCGACGCUAAGCCAUCGCCGCUAAUCUGACGCACAUGAAGAAUUACUAUCCAAAAUGGUCCACUCGCUUAUCGAGCUAUCGGUGUUUCAAUAUAUAAACAGUGAAAAAAUGGCUAGUACGGGUAGCGCGGCUGGGAAUCUCGGAAUAAAUGUGAAGGCACAAUUGACUGCGAUCUCUGAGGAACACCGACGUAUCUGGAUAGGAAAUCUGGACGCGCGCAUCACCGAGUUUCAACUUCUCAAACUAAUGCAAAAAUGCGGUGCCAUUGAAAAGUUUGACAUGUUAUUUCAUAAGGGCGGUCCAAUGGUCGGCCAGUCGCGUGGAUAUGCCUUUGUCACAUUUACACAAAAUGAGGGCGCCACUAACGCAAUUAUCAAACUGGACGGAACUAGUGUGGGCAAUCGUUGUAUAGCUGUGCGUCUCGCUAAGAACAUUAAAUAUGAUGAUCUUCAAAGGCCCAAACCCCGCAUAGAGAUACCUGCACUGGGGAGAGUCAAGCGUGAAGAAAAGAUAAGCAAAGCAGAUGCCAUUCGCGCCAUUGAGGCCAAACUGAAAACUUUAGAGCGACAGACGGAUAAUAAUUUGGAAUUAAACACCGUCGGACGUGAUCAAAACGUGCCCUUUAUCCAUCGCUAUCAAUUCAACAAGAGCCGUGAAGCUCUACAGCGUACAGGACCACACGGCAAAUAUAUUAAAACUAAGUCCGCGUCACCAUAUCAACGUCAGCUUGUCAAACGACGUUGAUUUAGACCAAAUUAGUAUCUUAAAACUACUUUUGAUUUAAUUAAAUAUUAGAUUGGCUCGCCCUUAAGAAAAAAUAUAAAGUUAGUCCAGUUGGCUGCAAACUUGGAUUUUCUACGCAUGUCCUCAGGCAGGGCCACUGUGCCAGGGCAGGACACCUGACUAGGUAUUUCACAGAUUGUUGCUAUCAAUUCAACAAGAGCCGUGAAGCUGUACCACAUAUCAGGAUCAGCUUCCAAAACGACGCCUAGUCAGAUGUUAUUAAUAUCUUAAAGCCCUUUCAAAAACCACCUUCGAUUUGAUCAAACAUUAAAAUGGAUCGCUCUUAUGAAACAA